CACAGCAAUAACAAACAAAAACAAACUUGUUUGGCGCCAACCAACUGAUUCGCCGCUCAGUUUUUAAGUUUUUAAUCCAAAAUUUGACGAAUUUGACCUGAAAUUGAGUGAAGCACGGAAGCAAAAAUUUCGGAAAAUGAGCAGCAGCGACAGAUCGAGUGGCGGAUCAGCGGGGACUGACGAUCCGUCGGAUGAAUCGCCCCCUUCUGUUGGACGACGACGUCAAAACAAGAAAAGUAAAAUCGAAGAAAGGUUUAAAAAUCUGUCAGAAUACACUAAGCGGAACGGGAAAAUUUUCACCGUGUCUCGGCUGCAUAACUUGGACGUGCGAGAGGUGGCCAUCAAGAGUUACAAGAAAACCAUCAGGGAACGCAUCAGGGGUGUUUUAGCGUCCAGGACUGGUGCAACGUACAAAGUCGACGCGAUCUUUGAAUUGAGAAAAGGGCUGGCAGAAACGAGACAUGACGAAGACACGAUUUGCAUCGAAGUGGUGGUCACACCUCCGACAGAAGAGGAUAACGACGAGGUCUAUCGAGUGGAGGACGCAAAGUCAGUCUACCUGGGCUACCUCAUCAGCAGAGGCAGAGACAAGGCGUAUAAAUAUGCAGCACAACUGCCUGUUUUACUCAGUUUCAAAGGCACGAAUUCAAUUGUGUCGUCAAUCAAUUCGACUCUAGAGGUUUUGUUUGACUGCAUCGUGCGGCCGUUCGAGUUUUGUUCAGAGUACAUGGAGCAGAUUUUAGUUAAGUGCCUGACAGUCUCUACGGAAGACAAGCCAACAAUCGUUUUAGGGGUCACCGCUCCCAACUUCAAAAAUGACGAGAUUGCGGAGCUUGCCCUCCUUGCUGAAAACUUCAAAGACCUCCAGAGAAUAUUAAAAACUAGCAACGAGGAAGAAUUGCAGCGGAGAUCUCAGGCAUUGUUUGAAAAUUUUUAUUUGGGAAUGAGAGAAAACUCCAAAAUGAAUCUGUCCAGAUGUUCACUGAUCAAAUUCAAACUCCAGGGCAUUAUCCUCCACAACUCUGGCAAGUUCCUUAUUUCCAACACAGAAGUAAUGGCGGUGUUCUUGAGGAGUAUCUGUCAAUUGUGCCUUUCGAUUGAAGUCGACCACCUCAGCAGAGUUGGCCUCACGUGACUGUAAUUUGCCUUAACAAUCCUGUUCAUUGUCAGUGCAGGUAAUUUUUAUUUAAGUUAAUUUGUUAUCAUAAUAAUUUAUUAAGAGUUUUGUGUCUACCAUAAUUUUAUAAUUCCCCAAAAUCUACGUAAAUGAAAAUGAAUUAAAUGCCAAAAAUUUUAUCCACAUUUAAAAUGAAUGUGAUUACAAAAAUAUCAUAAAACAAAAAAUUUUAAUUAAUUGGAAAUAAUAUUAUUAAUUCAUCUCUAGUUAAUUUGAUUAAAUUUUGGUUUAUUUCAAGAAUUGAGAGAAGAUAAAACAAAAAUAUUUACUAUUUCCAUGAAACUGAAAAUUCUAAAACUGAACGAUGCUACAUUUUAUUAUUGUGAAACAAAUUUGAUAAUGAUUGAGCACUAUGUGCUCCAAAUUAAAUGAGCUGGCCAUUGAUUAUGUCCCUUUGAGACAUUUGCCGAUUCAGGGUUAUAGAAUGACAUGUUUUUUUUUAUAUAUAUAAAUUGACUGAUUAUUUUUAUUGAAAUUAAAGCAAAAUGGAUCGAA